AUGGCCUCACACACUCAAAACAUGCCCCUUCCCAUCCGCACAAACACAGUCGAUUCGCAAAAGUCACAAUCAUCAUCAUCGGGCCAAAUCUCUCCACCAUACUCCCCAACAUCACCAACAUCUCGCAUGGCAGCAUCUCCAACCGAAGAAUCCUUCUUUGGUGCCAUCGCAGCGCGAAUCCGCGGCCGCUCACGAAGUCGCUCUCGCGGCGCCCCACCAGACAAGCGACCAAGGUCGCCGCCCACGGCCAUGCCAACACACUCACGACAUGCAUCUACCACCAGCUCCACUACUUCUCCAGGCCCAGUAGCUACACCAGGACAGAGUACCAGACCAACUCUCCAGGAUGCAGGCAGGAGAACUACUAGUGGCAGCGACCCGUGGAGAGGUCGACACUCAAACGAUUGGCUCUUCAACGGAUAUUCCGUUACUGCCUCAGCCAAGGACUUUCUCCAACGACGCAAGUAG